AUGGAAGAAUUUGGGAUGAAGCCAGAUGUGAUAACAUUUAGCACCAUAAUGGAUGCAUGGAGCUCGGCAGGGCUCAUGGAAAAAUGCCAGGAGGUCUUCAAUGACAUGAUAAAAGCUGACAUAGAACCAGACAUCCAUGCAUUCAGCAUUCUUGCAAAAGGCUAUGUGCGUGCUGGUGAGCCUGGUAAGGCUGAGUCAGUUAUGAUUUCCAUGGGAAAUUAUGGUGUGCAUCCAAAUGUUGUAAUCUUCACAACCAUCAUGAGUGGGUGGUGCACAGCUGGCAAAAUGGAGCAUGCUUGGAGUAUCUAUGAGAAAAUAGCUGUUGAUAGUGUUGCAGCAUAUACUUCCAUCUCUAUUGGUGUCCCUUCUGAUUGUGCAAGUCAAAGUGUAGGAAAUUAUGCUAAAAAUCUGCAGAUUGAAUGCAUAGCUAGCUUGAGACAGAGGGAGAGAAAGAGAUGCUCUCUCUACGUGUCUCCCAUCCAAAACCCUAACUUUAACCAUACCCACUUCUCCACACCCAUCAAAAUCCCUAAUUACACAGUGCUCAAUCUCCACCCACUUUCAAGAACCCACUUCACCCCUUCUAUAAAAACCGCAAAUAAUAAAACCCACUUCAAAAAACUUGCUUGCAAUGCUUUAAAGGACUCUGGUGAGGAAACCAAGGCGGUUUGGGACCGUGGAGGAGGUGGUGAUGAUGGUGGAGGAGGAGGCGGUGGUGAUGGCGGAGGGGAUGAUGAGCAGGUGGAGAAGAAGAGGGGGCCUUUACCGGAAUGGCUCAAUAUCACUAACGACGACGCGAAGACAGUCUUUGCGGCGAUAGCAGUAUCGCUUGCUUUCCGGUCUUUCAUAGCUGAGCCGAGGUACAUUCCUUCGCUGUCCAUGUAUCCUACUUUGGAUGUGGGAGACCGAAUUGUAGCAGAAAAGGUCAUACAAUUUCUUUUAGAAGAAUGUAAAAUGACAAUAAUUUUAUUCCAAGUGUACAAUACUAUUUACUAGAUAAAUUUGAUCUUCAAGUAAACUGUAAACAUAGUUCUUCUGUUCAAUUUAGAUUUGCAAACGUCUCUCUAUCUCUC